GCGCUCACCCCUUGUUUUUUCCCCAAACCAGGAUUUGUCAUUCCCAAGCCUUGGGUGGAUGGAGGAAAAGCCCCAGAGAUUCCUCACAAGGAUGGGCUGCAAACCCAGCCCAGGGAGCUGUGGGGAGGAAAGAGCCCCCCUGAGCCAGGAAGGCGGCUCCAGCUGGAGAUCAGAGCUGGUGGAGAAGAAGCCUCAGGCCGGGGAGAAGCCCCACAAGUGCUUGGAAUGUGGGAAGGGCUUCAGGUACAGCUCCCAUCUGAGGGAGCACCAGGUGAUCCACAUGGGGGAAAAGCCCUACAAGUGUGGGGAAUGUGGGAAGGGCUUCAGCAAGAGCUCCAACCUCAUCAGCCACAGGAAGAUCCACACUGGGGAACGGCCCCACACCUGCUUGGAAUGUGGGAAGAGCUUCAGGCGGAACUCCAGUCUGAGGGAACACCAGAUGCUACACACCGGGGAGAGGCCCUUCCAGUGUACCGAGUGUGGGAAGCGCUUUCUGAGGUCAUCCCGUCUCCUCCUGCAUCAGCGCAUUCACACACAGGAGAGGCCCUUCUGCUGCCCUGACUGCGGGAAGGGCUUCCAGAACAACUCCAGCCUCCUUCUGGGGCACCUCCACACUGGGGAGAGGCCUUUCGAGUGCUCCGAAUGCAGGAAGAGCUUAGUGCGCUGCCCCAGCUCCACCCCCCAAGGACGAUCCACGUUUGAUGAUCCCCAGUGACCCCUGUUGGGCAGAGCCCUGGUGAUCCCUGUUCUGGGUGAUCCCAGUUGGAUGUGUGGAAGGUGUUGGAGAGAUUUCUUUCCCUUCUCCUUGUCCUGCUGUGAUUUGGUUGGUAAUAAAUUCACUCCCUGU